GUUGUACAACUAAAGAUUUCAAAGACAGGAAUACUCAUCUGGAGCGAUAUAUUGGGCGCUAUGUAUGGAAACUAAUUGAAGAUGAAUGCACCAGAACGAGAGAAGAUAUGUCGUUUGUGCUUAUCUGACACUGGGGUUAUAUUGCCAAUUUUCGAAGGAGAAAUAGCCGAAAGAUUUUCAGUACCCUUGCCGAUGAAAAUUCUGGCUUGUGUUUCAAUUGAAGUGUCUGCAAGCGAUCCUCUCCCAAGUUUAAUUUGCCACCGUUGUUUGUAUGAAGUGGAUCGCUUUCAUGAAUUCAAGGAGACCUGUGAGAAGGCCAAUACCACCUUACAACAAUGCUUUAACAAACGAAGUAAUAUCAUGGAUCUCACAAAGUUGAUGGAAAUCAAGCAAGAAGUAUGUGAUGAAACAGUAUACCAUGAUGCCGUUGACAACCCCUUAGAUGAGGAAGAUGAAGUUGGUGAUGACAAUCAUGAUGAAGAAGGUGAAAGUGAAGAAAAAGAUAAUGACGGUGAUCAAGGAUCUGAAGCUUGUAAUGACAGCAGGGACUGUUAUGAUGGUGUUGCAGCCGAAGUUAAGGAUCAGUUGCCUGAGGAGGAGAACAGUUGUCGUGAUUCAGAUGGAGACGUGAUUGUUGAGCAUUCAUCUUCAGCAACCGACAUGCCAACAGAUGAAAUUCCUGGUGAAGAAAAUAAAGACACAACCAGUACAGACUAUGCCGACCUUGCGGAACAUAUCAGUUCCAAACACAAAAACGUAGAAACAAAACAAGCUAGAUAUUCAUGUCGCUUUUGUUCUAAACCCUUUGUAUAUCGCACAAGUUUACAGAAGCAUGAAGCUGCACCUCAUAGUGGAAGAAACUGUAAGUUUUGUUUGAAACCAUUUACAGAUCUAGCAAAACUGACAAAGCAUGAGAAAAUUCACUGUGGAAUGGAAAGCCACAUAACUAGAAGUGAGAAGACAAGAAAUGGAAAUCAGUCUAAUAUGGCAAAUGGGACAGAGGUCUUCUCUUGCAAGUUCUGCUCUAGACAGUUCAAAAUUCGAGGCCACUGGUGGUGUCAUGAAAGAAUGUAUUGCGAUGCAAAUCCUGUCAGACUUACAGAUAGAACCAAGUCGAGUGCACUUACAGAAAGAAUGUACGUCUGUAGGUAUUGUUCUAAAUCAUUCAUCCAUCGUGGUAGCUGGUGGCGUCAUGAGAAGUAUUCUUGUAACAUGAACCCAUCAUGCAGUGAAAAGAGAGUGAGUACAGACACAGGAAAAACAAAACAGGGAGGAACAGAUCUUUAUACAUGUCAUUACUGUUCAAAGAGCUUCAUUCAUCGAGGUAGCUGGUGGCGUCAUGAGAAAACUCACUCUGGAGCUAAACCAUUUACUUGCAAAUACUGUCCCAAAGCAUUUGGUGAAAAGCCUCAUCUCCUGAGGCACGAACGUGUUCACCUUGGGAUAAAACCUUUCUGUUGUGGAGUAUGUGGGAAGGCAUUCUCUGAUGCGUCAAACUUGCGAAAUCAUGAGAAGAUCCAUGACAGACAUAAAUCUUUUCUGUGUUCCCUGUGUGGUAAAUCAUACUGCAACAAAGCUUUGUUGCUGAAGCAUGAACUUGUUCACGCAGGCUUACGACCGCACAGCUGUGAGAUCUGUAAAAAAACAUUUGUUGAUGAAUUUGAUCUCAAGAAACAUGUAAAGUGCCAUAAUGAGACUCGUCCAUACCUUUGUUCUGAAUGCGGCAAGGCUUUCACACAGAGCUGGCAGCUUAAGUCUCACGCAAACAUCCAUGCAGGACUGAGACCCUAUACAUGCCAGAUAUGCCAGAAGUCAUUUAGCGAUUCAUCCAACUUCCGAUCACAUCAGAAACUGCACAUCACUGGGCCACGCCCUUUUCCUUGUUCACAGUGUCCACUGUCAUUCUAUCAGAAUUCUCAGCUUAAGUAUCACAUGCGUGUACAUACAGGAGAAAAGCCUUUUAAGUGUCGCUUCUGUCCCAAAUCAUUCCGUAUUCGAGCCAAGCUACGAGCUCAUGAGGGAAGCCAUGCUCUUGAAACUGAGCCGGAACUCUCAGUAUCGCAAAUAAGGCAAGAGAAUAUAGUAGUGGAUGUGAUUGCAGAGGAAGUGGUAAUAAGCACAUCAGACAUGCAGCUGCAAGAACAACAGAAGUAGCCUUACUUUAAUCAACAACAUAGCUGUUUUACUGUAUUUUCUUCACCACAAGAAAAUUCCCUUGCAGAAUGCUCCUUAAACUUCCAUUUGAGCCUUAAGAUCUGAAAAAUACGGGCAGACCAUAUAUGAAAAACUGGAUUUCAUGUGGUGGAAUAUGUCAGUAUUAAGAGUUUAUAUAGAUUGUGAUUUGAACUGUGGCAUGCCAUGAGAAAAACUGUUCUGUACCAUCCUGAGACAGCUUCUAGAUUAAGUUCCAGUAAUGGUCUAGUGGUCAGAGUUCCUGGCUACAGAUCCAGAGGUCUGGGUUUGAUACCUGGCACUAUCAGAUUUUCUG